AUGACUGGCACAGAUGUAUUUGAACAGGACAAUAUUCUGGACCUUGCCGCCAGAGCUAUUCAGUCUGGCCAGCCAAGCCUCAAAACACCACAUGAAGCGGUGGCGCUGAUCGGCCAUGCCUGCUUGGCAGCGCUCGAUUUCAGGCUGGUUGGCCUUGGUGAAGACCACAACCUAGAAACAACCUCAGACCAACCCACUCUCCCCGCAGGAUGGAACACUAAUGAUACGAUCGCUUUCCGAUAUGCGCAUUCAAAUUCCGAGACACAGUAUCUAGUCAAAGUGAGUCGCAUGGGUGGAAACGCGGUUGUCUUUGCACUCGCGCUAGGUGACGACCGCACCAGUUCCUUCGAUGUUCCUACCAAGGAUUAUAUCUCAACCUCUGCCCUUCCUCUGUCCUCUACCGAAGAUAUCAAAGCCUCUCUUCAAGACGUGUUCAGCUCCUCCGCUCGCUUAGGAGACUUGAUCAGUCUAUUCAAGAUCAAUGUGAUCCAGAGGAUUGUAUCCGGGGUGCAACAAGAAGAUUACGAAGGCACUGGCCAACCCCCAAGGGAAACACAAGCAGAAAGCAGACAGCGAGACGCUCUACGCGAUGACUCCGUUCCACAACCUGCUCGCCCGCGUCCAUUUGACGACCCUUUGGCAGCAGCGCCACGUCGCUCCAAACCACAAGUAGACUUCGCUCCUCCCGGAUUUGAAGAUGAGCAUCAAAUCAAACGUCCCCUGCGAACCAACCGUCCCCCGCCGAGAUAUCUAGGUGGGCUUGGUGGCGGUCCGGAUGGGCUUGGAGCAGGUCCAUCGGGUCUCGGGGAUGGACCAUCUGGGCUAGGAGCUCCAGGAAGUAUCGGCUCGCAGGAUCUGUACCCACAGGGUCUUUCUCCCCACGACGCCUUCAAUGGACGCAUGGGUGGUUAUGGUCCAGGUAGUGGGGGUAUGCAUCCCACCUUCGAUGACCCCCUCUUCGGUGGAUCAGGUCCCGGUAGGGGUAGACAAGAUCCUCGGGCGCCCCCUGGAGCACGAUAUGAUCCCGUUGGACCUGGCGAACCACCAUUUGGCAGCAACCGUGGACCCUAUGGUAACCAUGGACGAGGCGGAGGAGGCUUUGGAGGGGGCUUUGGUGGUGGAUUUGGCGGGGACAUCAUCUAA